CAUUUCUGGGAUUUCAGACACAUUAAUAAUAGAAACUCCAUCCUCUAUAUAUAUAUAUAUUCCCCACCCAAAUUGUUCCCACAAAUCUCCAUAGAAACUUUUAUUUGUUGCAGCGCCCAUUUCAUUUCAUGCGGCUUUCUGAUUCAUCCUCGGGAUCUGCCAAACUCAAUAUAAAUUCAUAACCUUAUCCUCUGCCAUUUCUGAUUUGUAAUCUCUUCUUCCCUGCUCAGGCCUACACCCCCACACACUUGUAUCUCACCAUUCUCUCUCUCUCCCUCUCUCUAACUAUGUGUAUUAUAUACUGAAAAGAAGAAGAAGAAGAAGUAAUACUAGUUGUACAUCUACUAAUCAUUUUAAAACCAUAAAAGAAAAAAAAAUUAUGGUGAGCGACACCAACACCAACAUCUUCAAGCGAUUCAGAAUCGGAUUGCUUCCUUGGUUCCGUAAAAAGCUACUCGAUCCUCUCCUCCAUAUUCUCCGCAUGGGAGCAGAGCCUAAGCAAUUGGCCUUCUCGGCCGCACUAGGCAUUACCCUUGGUGUCUUUCCCAUCUGCGGAGUCACUUUUUUCCUUUGUGGAUUGGCUAUCGCAUUACUCAGAUCCUCAUGUCAUGCGCCAACUGUAAUGCUGGCUAAUUUUGUUGCUACUCCAAUCGAGCUGAGUCUGAUAAUUUUUUUCUUGCGCUUUGGUGAAUUCAUCACUGGAGGACCUCACUUUCCUCUAACUUCUGAUGCAUUGAAGAAGGUCUUGACUGGUCAAGCUUCAAGAGAAAUCUUGCGGGGCAUCUUCAAUGCGCUGUUAGGCUGGCUUGUGGCCGCGCCCUUCAUCUUGGGGACCCUCUAUGUAUUGUUCUUGCCAUGCUUUGCCUUCUUGGUGCGCAAAUUCAGCGGUGUUCCUACCAGCCCGAAGCUACCGCUCCAUUCCAAUACAGAAGCCAGGCUUAAGGUAAGGGAUGUAUGACGGUAUCAAGGCAGAAGAUAAAGUUGCUGACUGCAAGAAGUGAUGCAUCGGCAACUCCAGUCGCGGUGUUGUACAUACAACUAGGAAUUUAACCUCUUUGUGCACUAGUAUUACUGAUUGUAGCUGUUAAAUUACAAUGUAUUUUGUUAAAAAAGCAUUUGUGCAGGUAAACACACAGUUUACUUUUUCAAGAAAAAAAAACGCACACACACACACAGUUUACUGUUGAUGAUUUUACUUGUUGCAAUCCUGACAGUAGUAUUGGAAGAUGUGAGAAACAUCAUGUGUUUGGAUUGAGAAGAUUUGAAAUAAAAUAAUUUAU